AUGGGGCCUCAGCUUCUGGGGGAGGCCAGGUCCAGCCUCGGCGCGCCCCAUCCAUCCUUGAUAUGUUGCGGGUACCCUCGAAGCACGCCGCCGUCCAUCCCCGCGACGGAGGGCUGGUCGUGCCAGUCCGCCACGUCUUCGGGGCCCACCCUGCCCCCUCUCCUUGGGUUUGAGCAACACCCCUCCGCGGACCGCGUGGACGGGGGAGGGGGCGGGUUCCCCAGCUCGGCCAGAGGGAACCGCUGCGUGGCCGCUGCCGAGGCGUGCACGGCGGAUGCGCGGUGCCAGCAGCUGCGCACCGAGUACGUGGCGCAGUGCCUGGGCCGGGCUGCUCCUGGGGGUUGCCCUCGCGCCCGAUGCCACCGAGCCCUGCGCCACUUCUUCGCCCGCGGGCCGCCCGCGCUCACCCUCGCGCUGCUUUUCUGCCCGUGCGCGAGCCCCGCAUGCGCCGAGCGCCGCCGCCAGACCUUCGUGCCCGCCUGCGCCUUCUCGGGGCCAGGCCCGGCGCCACCCUCCUGCCUCGCGCCACUGGAGGCCUGCGAGCACAGCGGGGUCUGCAGGCCCCGCCUCCGUGCCUUCCAGGCCUCGUGCGCCUCCUCCCCCGUCGUCCCCGAUGGCUGCCCGCUGGAGCAGGCCCCCAGCUGCCGGCGCGCCUACGCUGGCCUUGUGGGAACCGCCGUUACCCCCAACUACGUGGACAACGCGAGCGCUCGUGUGGCACCUUGGUGCGACUGCGGAGCCAGCGGGAACCGGCGUGAAGAAUGCGAAGCCUUCCGGGGGCUCUUUACGAGGAACCGCUGCUUGGACAGAGCUAUACAGGCCUUCGAGAGCUGGUGGCCCCCAACCCUGCAGAACCCACACCAGGACCCUGAGCACAGCCUCCUGCAGCUGUCCUCGGCAGACCAGCUUCUGGAGCGAUGCUCCCUGCUCUUCAUACUCCCAGCUCUGGCUCUCUGGCCCCUACUCUGA